AUGGACUCCCUAAUGUUUGAAGAUAAACCGCCGCAAUGCGACGGCAAAGAGGCCAUCAAACCGAGCGAUCGUGACGUUUGGGUCCAGCUCGGUUUGUCCCUAGUCCUUGGCCUCACAGCAUUCACCACCUUCUGCUUCUUGCGCCCACGAUGGCCGACCCUGUACGCCGCGCGCAAGCGCAGACUGGACCCCAAAAUCGGUUUGCCCCCGCUGCCAGAUACCUUUCUUGGAUGGAUUCCGGGACUUUAUCGCGUCACUGAGGAGCAAGUCCUCGCCUCCGCUGGUCUCGAUGCCUUUGUCUUUCUUACCUUCUUCAAAAUGGCUAUACGUAUCCUGGCUAUACUGGCCUUCUUCGCAUAUACCGUUAUGCUACCCAUCAAUGGUGCGCUCGCACCUGAAAACAUCUUCCCUACACCGUCGAAACCAAAAUCCAGUGGAACUGCCACGGCCUCCAUCGCAAUGGCGACUCGCGCUCUGGAAGGUCAUACACACGAAAGAGACUCGAUUUGGGCUGCUAUGGACGACGACGAGAGUUUUGACAUGAAAAAGAGCUACAUCUGGGCAUGGCUGGCGUUUGGCUACUUCUUUACGGGCUUGACCCUCUACGUCCUAAACAAGGCGACCUUUAGAGUCAUACAUGUUCGUCAAGAGUACCUCGGCACACAGUCAACAAUCACCGACAGAACGUUCCGCCUUACUGGCAUUCCGCGAAACCUGCGCGACGAGGGAAAGAUCAAGAAGCUCAUCGAAAAGCUAGAAAUCGGUGAGGUGGAGCAUGUCAACCUAUGCUGCGACUGGCGGGAGCUCGACUCGCUCAUUGCGCAAAGAGCCCAGGCUUUGGCUCAGCUGGAAGAGACUUGGAGCGUUUAUCUCGGAAAACAAGCUGCGCUCCCCAAGUCAGUCCAGCGCCUCCGCGAUCCACAGGCCGAGCCUUCAGUCCUGGAGCCUCGAGAAGACGAAGUUGACGAGGAGGCCGGAGAGAACGGUGGAUUACUAGGACACGAAAACAUUAACCCCGAACUCGUCGAGAGACCGCGCCCCAAAGUGAGAUUGAGGUAUGGCUUGCUCAAACUCCAAAGUCGCAAGAUAGACGCCCUGGACUACUACGAGGAGAAGCUGCGACGUCUCGACGACAGAAUCCGCGAGGCGAGAAAGAAGGACUUCACCCCGACCGACCUGGCCUUCGUCACGAUGGACUCGAUCGCCGCUUGUCAGAUGGCAAUCCAGGCCCGCAUCGACCCUCGACCCGGACAGCUUCUAACGAAGCCCGCACCUGCCCCUUCUGAUGUAAUGUGGCCCAACACGUACGCACCUCGUGGGAUUCGUCGUCUCCGUUCAUGGAUUAUUACGAUAUUUGUCGCUAUCCUCUCCGUCCUGUGGUUGGCGGUUGUAGCGUCGAUUGCCAGUCUAUUGAGUGUCUGCAACUUCCAGGCAUGGUUCCCUGGGAUUGUCGGAUUUUUCGACCAAUAUCCGACCCUGCGUGCCUUGAUUGAAACCGGCUUGCCGACGCUUCUCGUUUCGUUGCUGAACGUUGCCGUGCCAUAUCUCUACGAAUACCUCUCGUACGAACAAGGCAUGAUCUCCAAGGGUGAUGUGGAGCUCUCCAUCAUUUCCAAGAACUUCUUCUUCACCUUCUUCAACAUCUUUGUUGUCUUUGCCACAUCCAACGCGGCUUUCAGCGUAGCCAACCUGGUUCGUCAGAUCCAGGAUGUUUGGAAGAGUCCUGCUACCCUGACGCUACAGGUUGCCGGGCAGAUCCAGAGUCUCGCAAUAUUCUACACCAACUUCAUCAUGCUUCAAGGCAUUGGCCUCUUCCCCUUUAGACUGCUUCAAGUCGGCAGCGUCUUCCUCUACCCGAUCUAUCGAAUGGGUGCAAAGACCCCCAGGGACUUUGCCGAAAUCAUGCAACCGACGGUGUUCAGCUACGGAUUCUACCUGCCGACGGCAAUGCUCAUCUUUAUGCUGUGCCUGUUGUACAGCACACUGGCAUUCGGCUGGCUCAUUCUGACCGUUGGCCUCUUCUACUUCAUCUUGGGUUACUUCACCUACAAGUACCAACUUCUCUACGCAAUGGACCAGCCUCAACAUGCGACCGGCGGCGCCUGGAGAAUCAUCAGCUAUCGCGUCAUCCUCGGUCUCUUCGUGUCGCAGGUGAUACUUUCCAGUAUCAUGGCACUGUCGCUUGCCUUUUUCCAGUCUAUUGCUGUCUUACCCCUGAUUGCAUUUACGAUCUGGUACAGCUUCUACUUUAAGCGUCGUUUCGAGCCGCUUACGCGAUACAUAUCUCUGCGCAGCAUCCGCAUCGAGAUUGACCCUGAGGAUGCGGCUGUACUUGACGAAGACUUCGAGGGGCCGAGACCCUCGCAAGGAUUGCUUAGGCGCGGAAGCACUAUUGACGAGGACAAAGAAAAGGGCUUGACCUUUGCGAAUCCUAGCUUGACCUCUCGUCUAGAGGAGCCGUGGAUCUACCAGGAUCCACCACCAGUUCACAAUAAUAUGGACGACGACGAAGAGAGCGGCCCGGAUACGGAGACGCCAAACGCCCCCGAGAACACGGCCUCGGCCGCCUCGGACAGCUCAAUGAGCCUGGGCGACACGCACAUCUGGCGGCAGCAGGAUGACAGCAACAAUCGCUAG